AACAUGGUGACUUUAGCUUUUUAUCUUACAAAUUAUAAACUAUCGUUUAUUUUCACAAUUGAAAUUAACAGGCGCGUUUAAAUGCAAUGAAUUAAGGUUUUCUUAACGCUUUAAUAGUAGCACAAAUAAUCUUAAUUCAUUUGUUUUAUACAGAACAACUAGAAGACGUUUCCUUGGUUACCAACUACGCCUCAUCCAAACACUUCAGAAUUUAAAGAACUAUCCCGAGAUUUGCUGUCUAUAAGGAUCUGAGACAGAAACCAAAUAUGUUGAAAGGUGACGCCCAACUGGACCAGUCUCUGGAAAAAGCUGUGGAAAGCCGAAGAUCUGCUGAGGCAGCCCGCAAAGCUCGCAUCUUCAACACCCGACUACGUGUGAUGGGCCUUGACCUGGAUGCUCUGAACCAGCAAAUUAAAGAAAAAAAACAACAAGAAAACAAAGAGAAACUACAGAGCGAAGCUUUUGAAACACUGAUAAAAAGCCAGGAUGAAGCACUGCUACAACAAGACAUCAAUGAAAAAGAAAAACGACAAGCUUUGCAGAAGGACCUCACUCAUUACUGGGCCACAAAGCAGAAACUAAACACACAAGAUGGUGGUUGGAAGAAUGGCCUACAGGGGGCGUUUGACAUCACCAUUCCAGAGGCCAAACUGGGACCUGCCAGUAUGCAGAAAUUCCAGGGGGAAGAUGUUAACUGGAAACAAAUGAGGAAAGAACAAGUAAAGAUGACAGAAAGAGAUCUAAAAGGACAGAUGGAUGAAAAUAUAAGAAGACAGGAGAGAGAAAAGGAUAGAGACAUGUUGGAGAAGCAAGAGAUGCUGCAUCAAAACCAAGAGCAGCUUCACCAGGAUGCGCUGGAGGAGGAGCGGAAGAAGGCUGCCCGCAUUGCACUCUACAGCUUUAAUCAAGCUCUGGCUGCGGAGCGCGUGGAGAGCCUUAAAGAGCAACACAGGCGAGAGGAAAGAGAGAACCUUGCGGAGAUGUGGCACACAAUGACAUCUGACAUGUUGACAGAGUGUGCAGAUGCAGGAGAAAGAGAUGUGGGAGGAGGUAAGCCACCGCAGAUUCUGCCAGACAGGUGGAAGGGGAUGCGCCCGGAGCAGCUGCGCUCCUUCCAAAGGGAGAGGGAACAACAAUGCAGAGAGAAACAGAGGCAAAGUGACGCUGCAAAGAUUGAGGAAGCAGCUUGGAAUCUACAGCAGCUGACAUUUUCAAGGAAAGCAGAGGAAGAAGAGAUCGGAAAAGCUGAGAAGAUGAGAGAACUGAGAAUUCAAUUGGACCGGCACAAUAUGCAGCUGACCAGGGAGCAGCAGGCACACCAGGAGUACCUGAACAAGAAACUUUACACCAACAAACCAACCAAAGACUACUUUCACCAGUUCAACACCAGCUCCCGCUGAUCAACGCACUCUUGAUGUGCUGUCAUCUUCAAAAUCAUUCAAUUUUUACUACAAAUGCUUAAAAUUUUUGUGACUUGUAUUUCCAAUAGAAAGAAUGAACUAACGCA